AUGCUUGCUAUUAACGAGAAGUAUUUAGAAAUACCUCAGGACCUGACCAAAGAGUGCUGUUUACCUCCUUUCUUAAUGCAUCCUUUACUACCAACGAAGAAGACUUUUAUUGUUUUUCACUGGCCUCUAGCGGCGUUCAACAUGGCAGGACAAGUUGUUAUCCACAGGAUGCGAGCCUGUUUGGUCUUGUUGCUCCUCUGCCUGACUGAAGACCAGCAAGCCUCAGCUUCGGAGACAGUGAGAAGUUUCUAUGACACCCUGAAUGUUGAGCGGACAGCCUCGGACACCCAGAUAAAAAAGUCUUUUCGCAGCCUGGCAGUGAGGUACCACCCUGAUAAGAACAAGAGCGCCCAAGCUGAAAUCACUUUCAGGGAGAUUGCAGAAGCCUAUGCAGUGCUGUCAGAUAAGAAGAAAAGGCGUCUCUAUGACAGCGUGGGUCAUGAGGCCUUCUUGGAAAACCAGGCCUCAUUUGAGGAUGAGCAUGAGGUUGAGGAUGAGACCAGCUUCCACUUCAGUUUCUCAGACUUUUUCCAGGAUUUCCAUGACAGUGCCUUUAUGGAUGAACCACACGUUCACUGGAGCUUCUUCCAGGAAGAGGAAGAGGAGUACUUUCACGACAAACAUUACGGUUCUGAAGAGACUACCUUCAGCUUUUAUUUUGAUGAUGGAAAUGAGGAGGAGCAUUACUAUUGAUUUAUAGUUUUAAUAUAAAUGUAUUUAUUUUAUUUAUAAUAAAGUUUAUAAAGGAAGUUGCAUUCUGUAUUCUUUAUGCUGAGACAGCGCUUUAGUAAAGUCAUGUUUAAAACUCAAGCUUCAGUGCAGUUUGU